AAUAAAUAAAUAAAUAGGAUAGGUAUGAGUCACAAGUAAUAAAAAACGAAAUCGAUCGAUUGCAAAAAAGUAAAGUUGAUUUCCAAGAAUUUAUAUUGCAAACAAAAUAAGUUCUUAACUCUUUUUAAAUUAUCUAUCUUUUCCAGAAUAAUUAUCGAGCAUAUCUGUGAUACUGUUUACCAUAAAGUGUGUGAAUUUAAAAUAUCAUUUACAAAUUAAUAUAUACGUAUAUAUAUAUAUAAUUAUUCAAAAAAAUUAUGGAUCAUAUAAUUACGUUAAAAAAGCAUCUCAAGUAAGGAAAUAAUUAAUGAAUCAGUCAAAGUGAACGAAACAUUUUCGCAAUUCGAUAUAUUAUUGUAUGACUCUUGUGGUUUUGUGAAAUAUACAAUUUUUUGUAAGUUUCUGCAUCGGUGAUUGUCCUAGUUAAGAAACGAAAUCUUUUAAAACAUGGCGAAAAAGCGGGAAUGUAUAUCCAUUCAUAUAGGACAGGCGGGCGUGCAAAUGGGAAACGCCUGUUGGGAGCUUUAUUGUUUGGAGCAUGGUAUCCAUCCGGAUGGACAGAUACCCAGCGAUACCACCGUAGGUCAAGGGGACGAUUCUUUUAAUGCAUUCUUUUCUGAAACAAGUUCCGGAAAGUAUGUUCCGCGAGCGGUUCUGGUCGAUCUCGAGCCAACGGUAGUAGAUGAAGUUCGUUCGGGUACUUAUAAGCAAUUGUUCCAUCCGGAACAGAUGAUCACGGGCAAGGAGGAUGCGGCUAAUAAUUAUGCCAGGGGUCACUAUACAAUAGGAAAAGAGAUCAUAGAUAUUACUUUAGAUAGAAUACGCAGACUGACAGAACAAUGCAAAGGCUUGCAAGGCUUUUUGAUCUUCCAUUCGUUUGGUGGUGGCACAGGAUCCGGAUUUUCGAGUUUGCUUAUGGAACAAUUAUCUGCCGAUUAUCCAAAGAAAAGUAAACUGACCUUUAGCAUUUAUCCAGCGCCGCAGGUGUCGACUGCAGUAGUGGAACCUUACAACGCGAUUCUGUACACUCAUCCAACAUUAGAACAUAGCGAGGUGGCCUUUAUUGUAGAUAAUCAGGCCAUUUACGAAUUAUGCAGAAGGAAUUUGAAUAUCGAUCGGCCAACUUAUACGAAUCUAAAUCGACUGAUUGGACAAAUAGUCUCAUCUAUUACCGCUAGUUUACGAUUUGAUGGAGCAUUAAACGUCGAUCUCACCGAAUUCCAGACAAAUUUAGUGCCUUAUCCACGUAUUCAUUUCCCACUUGCUACUUAUGCUCCAGUUCUAUCAGCGGAAAAAGCCGAACACGAGAGAGUCACCGUUUCGGAGAUAACGAGCUCUUGUUUUGAACCGAAUCACCAAAUGGUGAAUUGCGAUCCGCGCAUGGGAAAAUAUAUGGCAGUAUGUUUAUUAUACAGGGGUGACGUGGUGCCUAAGGACGUUAAUGCGGCGAUCGCGAUGAUAAAACGGCAGAAACAUGUUCAAUUUGUCGAGUGGUGCCCAACGGGAUUCAAGGUGGGAAUAAAUUAUCAACCGCCUACUGUUGUGCCGGGUGGCGAUCUUGCACGAGUGGAAAGAGCGGUAUGUUGCCUCUGCAACACAACAGCGAUCGUAGAUGCAUGGGCUCGACUCGAUCACAAAUUCGAUCUUAUGUACGCUAAACGAGCUUUCGUUCACUGGUUUGUCGGGGAAGGUAUGGAGGAAGGUGAAUUUUCGGAAGCCAGAGAAGACCUAGCCGCCUUGGAACUUGAUUAUCGUGAAGUACAAGAAGAUGCUGUCAACACUGAAGAAGAAGAAGAAUAUUGAAUUUACCGUUACACUAAUAUAUAUAA